AUGGAGCUCAACGUGGAUGCCCAGGUGCACGCCACCACUGACGCCCUGGCGCUCAUAUGGGACAUAGAUCCUCACAGCACACAGGAAAUUGCCCAUGCACUUGCUAUCUACCUUGCCUCGAAGCCUGCCGCGCUUCAACAGCAGAUGAAUGCACUCUUCGGCGAGCCGUCCCACUCUGCGGCUGAUGCCCUGGCGGACCUGCAUGAGAAGCUCAAUGAUCCCCUCAUCGGCGCCACAAUCGUGGCUCAGGUUGGCCUCUCCUGGGAGCAGUAUCGUCACCUCAUCUCAAUCGUCGGCCGUGACCGAAGCAACCCUCGUCAGCCCAUCCGGCUAGUCUCUGGGCUCUCUGCUGGCCGCCUCCUACCCUCGCUCGGCGCGGUGCAGGCCUUCUGGCAUUCGGAGACAGCCUCGGUCCCUGGGCUUCGGAGCUUCAAGCAUGGUGGGCGCGCUGCCACCGUGUGGCCGGUCGAGUCAAUCCUCAACUACAUCUUUGCAAGCCCCUUCCUCCUCUCGUUCUUCGAGUACCAUGGGCGACUCGAUGUCAUCCGCCGAAUGGACGAAUUCCCACAAGGCGGGCGCAGCGUCUUCGCCGAGAGCUACACGCUGCGCAACUUCGGUCGCCUGUGCAAGGUGCUGCCCUUCCAAUUCCUUAGCAUCAUCUCCCACUGCACCACCCACUCCGGCGGCCUCGAGACACUCCUCCGCGUCAACAACGACUUCCUCAGUUGCGCGCUCCAGCAGGGCUACGUGACGAUACGGCCGCCUGGCCAGCCCUCCUUCCGGCUCCCGUUGGCGCUGCGCGUGUGUGCCGAUGACCCCAUGCUGCGCUUCUUCCUCCGCCUGCAGCAGAGCAGCUCCAUCUACUGCUGCGUCUACUGCCUCUGGCUCCGUGGUGGGCCGCCCACGCAGGACUCUACGUGCCUUCGAGUCGCGUCAAUCCGUUCGGCCUGCGUGGCGAUCCCCUCCUGUGGCGGCUACCUGGAUGCCAGCAACACGGCACCCAUGGUCGUCUCUCUACGCCCCUACGACGUGGUCUUCUGCGUGCUGCACGCCCUCUGCCGUGUUGGCGAGCUCGUGGCCGACCUCAUCUACGACUACGUUGCAUCUCAAGUGAACCCCGCUCCGCUCUUCACACAACUCAACUCGAUCUUGGAACUGGGCCGGGUGCACCUCACCAUGGACGUCGCCAGCAAGCCAGCGCAGGGGUGGCAUCUCAAGGGAAGCCACGCAGCCCUACUCCUCAAGAUCUUUGCACUCCUUGGCCCCGCUCUGGGGCUGGAGGCAGCCAUCAUGGAAUGCAUCGCCGAUCUUCGUCGUGUGUUCCACGUGCUCUACCUGUUUGAGCCUCUCGCGCCUGAGCAUGCCGACGAAUGGUCCUGGUUCAAGGACCACGUCGAUGACGUCAUGGCCCGCUUCCAGCGCCUGGUGGCACGAGGUCGGGAGUCUAACUACGUGCACGAGAUCCAGAAGCACGGCAUCGCCCUGCUCGAGCGUGGUGGUUUGGCCCCGUUCGCCAAUGACACCCACGAAACGCUACAAUGCCUGCUCAAGCAGGCCGCUGGUUCAUGCGCCUGCAUGUCCUUGUGCUCAACGCUCGCCAUGGGCCAGCAGCAAUUCCUGCACUGUCGGACCAGCUACGGACUAUGUCUACGCUUCCAGACAUUCUGUCUGAAGCUUUGA